AUAUACUCUAAAAAAAUGCAGCCGCGCACCGUCUUCUCUUAACGAAAGAAUUACUCUUUGCUACUGGACGCCUGCUCCGCCAUCGUUCGCUAUUGGUCCCGGCUGCCUCGCCAUCCUUCGAGGUUGAAAUCUAAAGAACUUUUGUUGUCAAGUCUUUAAUUAUUGCCUAUUACUAGAAGACUCAGGCUUGAUCUUCCUAACAAGCUUUACAUUCCUUAGAUCGUGGAAGCCAAGCUUGAAAAGUGGGUUUUAGUGAUCAGAUUAGUCUUUUGUCAAACUUGAUACGCCACUAAGUAUCAGUUACCUUUUCUUUAACAAAAAAACAUUUCAAGGCAGUAAAGAGAGAGGGAAGGGAGAAAGAUGAACAAGAAGGAGAUAUUUAAACUUGCAAAAGGGUUUAGGGGAAGAGCAAAGAACUGCAUUCGGAUCGCAAGGGAGAGAGUAGAGAAGGCCUUGCAAUAUUCCUACAGAGACCGUCGCAAUAAGAAGCGGGACAUGCGCUCCCUUUGGAUCCAACGCAUCAAUGCUGGCACCCGUCAACAUGGCGUUAACUAUGGUAAUUUCAUGCAUGGGUUGAUGAAGGAGAACAUUCAGCUGAACAGGAAAGUUUUGUCAGAGCUAUCCAUGCAUGAACCCUAUAGUUUCAAGGCCCUGGUAGACAUAUCUCGAAAUACCAAUCCUGGAAACAAAAACUUGGUAUUCCCUCCUAGGAAGGUUGACACAAUUAAUGUAUAAUCAAUUUACUCAUCCAUUCCAACACCAGUUAGUUCUUGGUUGGAACUAAUCUUCUAAACAAUCAAUUUGAUACUUUAGAUAAUUAGUAAUCGUUUUCAAUAAUUAUUAUUGUUUUGUUUUUGCUAA